AUACAAGAGAGCGAAAAAAAAAAAUAUGAAUGCUCUUUUUAUGGUUUCUUGUAAUUUCGACAUAAAUGAAUUUCAACAUUGAUAAAAUUAGAGAAGAAGAAGAAUAUGAUUCCAAUGUUGAAUCCAGUACAAUAGCACCAUGGGAAUUGUCAUCUCCAUUCAUUCAUCACGAACAGCAAGCGAAUACAUUAAAAAGUAAAAAAAUGUAUCGUUACAAUUCAACUAACGAUAUCAACCAGUCUAGUGACGAAGAAUAUGAUACACAUCAGCCCAAAAUUGUCCACAUGAAAAAACAACAACAAAAACAAAAACAAGGAGACGUCACAAGACAAUCAUCAUCUAUUGGUUUAAUAAAAGGUGAUGAUUAUAACAGAGGCAGCAAAAGUAAAGCAUCGGCAGCAGCAGCAGCAGCAUCGGCAGCAGCACAAAGAUCACCACCAGCAGCAGCAGCAGCAGCAGCAGCAACAGCAGCAGGAUUAGUAGCUGGUAUUAAACCAAUAGUCGGAGAUGAUUAUGACCAAAACUUUUUCUUUGACACUGGUUUAUCACCUUCUUCCUCAAUCAUGUAUCAACACCCAAAUAGCAUAUCGCCUUCCCCCUCCUCCUCAAAAAUGAUGCUACUUGAGAAUGAUUCCAAUAUUAAUCAUAUGAUUGGUAGAGAAAGUAUAUUAAUGAAGCAGGCAUUAAAAUCCACUAUUGCCACAAAUAAGAGAAGAGAAAGCAUAGAAGUAAUGGCCACCAACACCACUAGAAAACGACCAGUAUCUACUUCCAUUAUACCUAGAUUAACCAAAUCUUCCAUCAUAAGUACCCAACAAAAACCCCAACUUCAUAAACGAACGAACAGCACAAGUACAGCAAGAAAACGACACUUAUCGUUGCAACAACCGAUUAGCCAAAAAGAUCGGAAUUAUCUAGCUUCAAUUAUCAGCGAACAAGAUGAUUAUUUACAUGGACAAGAUAUAUCCGCAGGGGUUCAUUGGGAUCCUCAUAUAGACGCUUUUGAAAUUCUGAGAGCAAAAAUAACGGGGAUCACGCGAUCUAUGCAAGAGUUUCAUGUUCAAGAGCUUUUUCAUGAUGAAAAAAGAAAGAAAAAAAAGUUGACUGCAACCACUUCUUCACCUUUAAUCACAACAAGUAGAAAUAAUAUCAGUAACAACAGAAGACUGAGUUUAGUAACCAGUCACCGACGAAUCCGCUCACAAAGUUGUGUACCACUAUCUUUGCCCCAUGACAACGAUGAAAAGACAGAGUGCCAUAACUACGACGACAACGACGAAGAAGAAGAAGAAGAAGAGGAGGAGGACCAGGAUGUGAGGACAAUGGCAAGUCCGAAUUUAACUGCUCUAUUUUUAACUACAAACAACUUAAUUCAUUCUCGUCUUGAUGAAUUAUCUGAAACAGCCUCUAUUAAAUCCGCACAUGAUGAUAUUAAUGAAGUAACAUCUAUUCUGGAGUGGCAAAAAAAGUUCCUUAGUCUUGUUACUAGUUGUAUACACCAAUCUGAAGAGUUGGAAUCGUUAUCUACGGAUGUAUUAAAUACCGAGCAUAGAGUUAGAGAACUCAUGCUGAUUAAUGAAACCAUCCAUGAGCAAUUCAACGAAAGAGAAAAGCAAUACGAAGAAAGAAUUAGAGAAUGCCAGGACGUUGCACAACAACAGCUAAUGAUGCUUGAUUCACUUGAAGAAUUAACUGCUGAUAUUAAUAUGAAAACCGAAUCUCGUAGACGAGAGUCUCAUCGACAGGAAGCUUUACUGGCACUGGAUGCUAAUUACUAUAAUCAUCACAAUGAGGAUAUUAAUCUACUCGAUGACGAUCACUCAAAUAAUCGUUGGAAUUUUCAAAGGUCCGUCGCUGAUCUUUUAAAUAUGGAUGAUAAAUAUGAUUUGAUUCAAAAAAUGAGAUGGGAUAUUGGCAUGUUUGUUGGCGGCGGUGUUGGAACAGGGCAUGUCAUACAUUCAUAUGAGGACAAGUUAAACGGUAUCGACAUGAUGAUUGCUGGUACUGGGACAACAACAACAGCGAUAAACAAUACGCAGUAUUACCAAGAAGAAGAGGAUGAAUAUGAUACCGAUGACGAAUAUACGCAUCAAACUGAGUCUUUCUCUAUAUCACCCUCAAUCGGACACAUAAAACUAUAUCAACAUCAAUACGUUUUACAUCUAAAUAGUAAAGAUAGAAGGACACGAUUCGCCUUAUUACCAAAAUGUCUCUGGAUCCCCGACAACGAAACCAACCAAUGUCAGUUUCAAUUACAUAAUCGACGUAGGCGAUGUCAAAUUGAAUUUACUUUUUUUCAAAGAAAACAUCAUUGCAGAAGAUGUGGUUACAUCAUGUGCCAAAAACAUAGUGCAAACCGUCUCCCUUUAUUUUCUUCUUCCAAAAUUCAUUCGACCACUGGUCAAUGGAGUAGAGUUUGUGACAAUUGCUUUCAUGAUUUAAUCGUGCAAAAAUAAAACAAUAUAUAAAAAAAAAAGGGAGCUUUCUAACUCACUUUUUUUG